AUGGAUGAGCAAUGUACACACCUGCCAGCAAGGCGACAAAGUCGCAUGAGAAUCGACUCUCUGCUAAACCCCCCAAGUGACGAAAUGGAGUACAGCACAACGGACUCUCCAUACUCGCAACACGCAACACUAUCCACCUCGUCACACAAUGCUGGCUACACAACUUCCUCAGGCUACCCUCCAAGCCCCAACCAAUACUGGUAUGGCCGAUAUGGUGGCUACCACGACACAAGCCCUGGCGCAGCCUCAACAGCCACGACAAACGUCAGUAGCACAUCGAGCGGUAGCACCAAUCCCCAGCACCAUCACCACAUGUUCCUGUCGUACCGACCUUCAGGCGGCAGUGGUGGACGACCUGGAUCCGGGCACAGCUCUCCAGACCCGUAUCACCAGCGCGAGCGUUACGACUCCGUCUCCAGUAGCUCCAGCACCAACGGGAGUGAUCGUCGACGACCUCCGAGACCAAAGUAUGAGGAAGAGGAGAUGUACUUCAUCUGGUAUCACCGCGUGGAUCUUGGUCAAGAGUGGAAGGAGGUGCGCGAGAGCUUCAAUCACCAGUUUCCCAGUCGACAGCGGCGCGGGUUCCAGGGUAUCCAGUGCAAAUUCUAUCGCUUCAUUAAGGAGAAACAGUGUCCUACACUACGGGAGCAGCGGAGGAUGCGCGAUGGAGAGUUCUUGCGUGAGGGUGCUGAAUCCGGUGCGCCGCGCUUUGGGGUUAUCGAGUAUGCGGGCGUUUGGUAUCCCUGGAUGCGCUGUGACCGCGAAACAGCAUCGCGACUGUCGGCGGCGCAUCAAGAGCGGAUGGCAGCGGCGGCAUAA